AGAUGAAUCUUACGAUUUGAAAGUUCCGAGUGGUAUUUACUGCGUUGUAAUCGACAGUGUGUAGAGAGAUUGAUGAGCAUGGCGCGAAUGCGAAGUGGGAAACUGAAGGUGCCAUUUCAUAUUCCCCCUCCCGAUCCUCCAGAGACGAUGUGGUCGAAAUCUCCGAUGCCGCCUCAAAUGUCGAGUGAGGAGGCGAUGAGUUUUCGCAGCAGUAGCAGCAUGUCGUGGCUGUCGAAUUCCGGAACGGUGUCCUCGAUGUCUUGGAUUGAAGACGAUUUGGAAAAGGAGUCCACACAACAAUUGCAAGAGAUGUGGAACGAAGUUGAAGACUACUUAUACGACGACACACCGAUGACACGAUUCCCGGGCCUUCGCGAAGAACUGGACGCCUGGCGAACUCAUUUUCCGCACUUGAGACUGAUGGGUACAAAGAUAGUGCUUGCAAAACCACCUCCACGGUUGCGCAAAGAUCCUCAAGAUACCCCUGAGAAUGAAGAAACAUUUGCUGAAGACGGGAUUGUUUCCAACUCUGUCGCACUUCCGAUGUCCAGAUCGUUGGAAUCAAGAGAUUACAGACUAGGGUCCUCUGUAAAACGGGUUACGGAACUGGUUGCGGCUUCUCUCUGGGAUGCAGUCGCCGAUCAACUAAAAAGCGUUCUCACUAUGUAUGCGGAGAAAGGGGCCGAGCCUGUUGGUAUUGGAUCAGUUCUUCACAUUUCGCAUGACCCACUAAACACAGUCAACGAAGAAGACUUGACAUUUUAUGACAAUUUCGGGAGCGGUUCAGCGACGCCCGUGCCGUCUCCAACGAUUGGGAUAACAGUGAAAGAACGACGGAAAUCUGUACCUUUGGAGGAAGGAAGUCAUUUGGCCACUGAAGCGCGAGUUGGAUCUGAAUCUCACCUUGAAGUGGUUAAAAGAAUCGACAAGAAAGUCCAGAAAAUGUCGAGGAAGAAGAGCAAAAGUUCGCCAGGAACUGUUGUAGAUGGGCAGAAUUUAACUAGUCCCAGUUGGAGGCAAGUACAAGUUGACGAAAAACAAUUCAAGUUCAAAUUGCCAAUUGCCAAACUAUCGGAGCCCCAAUCCUCAUUGAUGGUUCCGAGUAAUGCGUCGAACUCUGCCCCGACCCGGACCCGUUCUUCUAAAUUGCAUUUACCUCCUGUUCCAUCCAAAUCUGAGAAGUCUCCGAUGAAGGAAGUACCGUUCGACUUUUUGGCACGUUCUAGAAGUGCUAAUCCUAACAACGGGUUGUCAGUACCAGUUAAUCUGAUCCUGAGGAAAGAUUCCUCUCUGGAUCGGCCCUUGUCGGCCAUUGCGUCACCUAUGAUUGUCAACCGGGCACCCGUUUUCAUCAGAGCGCAGAAAAAGGUUACUGAAAUGGCAGGAUUGUCGGUUGGUCGUUUUAUUUUCUCUGCCCCGGGGCGCGUGAAAACUUGCGUGUCUGCCAUGAAGCCCUGCGAGUUGUGGUCAGACAGGUUGAUUUCUCCAAUGAACUCCUCCAUCCGGGCAUUGUCUUUGACGUCUUCUGUGGAACGUUUGAAGUCACUUCGUGUUGAAGAGCAACUGGGCAUUUCCGAGCCGCCGUCGAAACCCCUGGGGCCAUACCUACGCUGGGCCAAAGAAAAUCGAUCUCAAUUGCUGCUGAAAUCUCCAUCGCAAAAAUUUACUGAUUUUGGCAAGUACUUGGGUCAGACAUGGGCCGCAAUGACGGAAGAUCAGAAGCUUCCAUACGUGAAAUCUUUCGAAAAAGACAUGGUCGCUUACAAGGAAAGCCGGGAAAAGUACCUCGCUUCUUUGACUGAUUCUGAAAAAGCUGCCAUCUCAUCUGCUCGCAGCGCCGCGAAAGAAAAAAGACUAACGAGGAUAGAGAAACUUGCUGUCAAAAAGAAAGAAAGCCAAGACUCCAAAACACUUCCUAAGCUUCUUAAAAUUCCACAGAAAGAAGAGGCAUUCGAGAAACCCAAACGGCCACAGACUGCGUUCAUGCUGUACAUGACCAAGAGGAAAGGAGACUUGAGUAACGACGAUUUCAAAGUUUCAUUCCGAAGCAUAAUUAUGUCGGGUAUUAUCCGUUCUGUCACUGUGAUCGGUGGUGGUCUGAUGGGAGCAGGUAUUGCUCAGGUAGCAGCUGCAACAGGGCACAAGGUCGCAUUGGUCGACCUAUCACCGGACGUGUUGAAUAAAAGUAUGCUGUCGAUUCACAAAUCCUUGGAAAGGGUGUCCAAGAAGAAGUUCGACAAUCCACAGGCUCAAGACGAUUAUGUGAAGACGACGAUGGCGCAGAUAGCGACUAGCACGAGUGCCGAAGAAUCAUCGAGGGAAACAGACUUGGUCAUCGAAGCCAUUGUCGAAAAUAUAACGGUCAAGCAACAGUUGUUCAAGAACUUGGAUAGUAUUGCCCCGGAUCACACGAUUUUUACGUCGAACACGUCGUCGUUGUCGAUCGGGAGAAUAGCGAGCGCGACGAACCGUCGAGAUCGGUUCGGUGGCCUGCAUUUUUUCAACCCUGUGCCGAUGAUGAAGUUACUUGAGGUGGUGCGUAUUCCUGAAACUUCCAACGAGUCAUUCAAGAAAAUGAUGGAUUUUGGAGCGGCUUUGGGCAAGACAACCGUGGUAUGCCAGGACACGCCAGGUUUCAUCGUUAACCGUUUACUGGUGCCAUAUAUGAUGGAGGCUGUGAGAAUGCUAGAAAGGGGAGAUGCGUCUGCGCGAGAUAUUGACGUUGCCAUGAAGCUGGGUGCUGGAUAUCCGAUGGGUCCAUUUGAACUGUCUGAUUACGUCGGUCUUGAUACAUGCAAAUUCAUCAUGGAUGGCUGGCAUCAGGACCAUCCGGACGAACCGUUGUUCAAGCCUAUUCCUUCGCUUGAUAAGAUGGUGGCCGAGGGUAAAUUGGGCAAGAAAAGUGGGGAAGGCUUCUACUCGUACAAAAAGACGAUUUCGUUUCAGAUGAAUCCGUCGCCGUCGAAUAUGUAUUUCUCGAACCGCGGCGGGGGUGGGGGUUUCCGCGGCGAUCGUCGCGGAAUGAACAAUAGCUUUUCCGACCACUCGAUACCGUCCGCCGUGUUCGUCAAGGACCGCCAGCGCAGUCCGCCGCCCCCAAUGUCGCGCCGCAUUGGCAACAAACCUCCGCCGAACCAGGACUUUCAAUCCCGACCCUGGCAGUUCAACAAUCGUUUCAGCAAUAAGACGCAGGACGGACCCUUGCGACGGCGUCGGCGUGACGAGAACAAUGAGUGUCCGCCUCGUUUGUUUACGGGGAAUAAUUCUAGGGAACGGUCGCCGGUUCGACGGCUUCAGUUGUCUCCACUGCGCGGCCAAGGAUCUCCGUCGCCGCCUCCUCAGCGAAGAUUUGUAGUGAACGAUCAGCAGAGGGCUUCAUCACCUGUACAAAUGACCGAUAGAGGUCACUCGCUGCGUCACCCGUCGCCACAUGUUCGUCACGCUAUUCGACAACAGUCGCCGGUGCGCCACGGAACAAGGCAGGCGUCGCCGGUGCGAGCCCCUGCGAGGCCCGUGUCCCCGGUUCGUGUUCCAGUGCGAGCGCCGUCGCCGUUGCCGUUGCGGACUAUCACGAAGAUUCAACCGUCGCGGCCUUCAUCUGAUUUUGAACCAAUCCGACCUCAAGUCGACGAUGAUGAAAUGGCUGUUUCUUCGUCUGAGCCUACGCAGGAGGAGGCGAUGAUUGCGGAGAAAGUAUUGGCGCAUGGAUUGGAGACCCAACGGCCGCCGUGGUUGGGUAUCGAGAGCUUGACGCAUCCCACGUUCAUCGUGGUUUCGGACGGGCCUCUCGGAAAGUUGGCUUUUGAGCCAGAUCGGUUGAAACGGGAACGAGACAUGGUUGAUCUGACGAGAGUCAAGCCGAUGCACUCGAGUGUAAUAUCCUACGACGACCCGGAGCUUUCUGCUCUGGGCAGCAACGAUCGUUUUUUCAGGCGGUUGUCAAAUUUGCUUGAUGGCCGUGUCGCAGCGCACGUCUAUGUGCUCAUCGGGAGAAAUGAUGCAAAGCGGGAAGUUGGUGUUCCUGCGGUAACCUUGAAGGAAAGAAUGAUGAAAUUUUUCGAUCGGCUCCAUGCCGACCUACCUGGCACGGACGUGACGUGGCUCGGAGUCGGUGCCCUUCCGCUCACGUCACAGCACCGCCAGGCGGCCCAGAACCUCUCCAGGGCUCUGGAAAUAAACCAAACUCCAGAUCGUCGCCCGUGGCUGAAAAGUGCUUCCUUGUGUGCGCCGGCUGCUGACGAAGACCUGAUUCGAGGCGGCGAAGCCUGGACUCGUCAAUUUCUGCAUGUGUUCGGGGCCAAUUUGUGCCAUCGGAUGCGGAAGGAUUUGCGGGAAUUCCGCAUGCGACGCGUGAACGUGCCAAAGGCGAGGAAAACUUUUUGCAAAAAAUGCGGAGUGCACAAGCCGCAUAAGGUUUCGCAAUACAAGAAAAGCAAAGAGAGGAAAACCGCUCAGGGUCGACGACGUUACGACCGGAAGCAGCAAGGUUACGGUGGUCAAACGAAGCCAAUUUUCCGCAAAAAGGCCAAAACAACCAAGAAAAUCGUGCUGCGUCUUGAAUGCACCGAAUGCAAGUACAGACAUCACAUGAGCGAAGUUACCCCGUCAUUGGAGUCCGAUGAAUACAACGGAUACAAACUUGUGAUCUUCGACCCGGAUAGGGUGGAAUUGAAAAAGCAUGCUGUGUGGCAUUUUUGUAAUGUGAUGCAAGGAGAUAGUCCGCCGUUUGGGUUCCCUUCAAUACCGGACUCAUCCUGUGAAGUCAACGCGUCAGAAGGCACGUGGUUGGCCCUGAAUCCGGUGACUGGUCGAGUCUCGGCCCUGCUCAAUGUGUUGAUGCCGGUUGAUGAGUUCAGACAAGACGCGAGUGGCCGAGGACGCUUGCCCAUCCAAGCCAUUGAUCCCUUAGUCAAUCCUGAAGCAUUUCUCAACUCGUUAUGCGAUCAGUCCGAUGAAUACAACGGAUACAAACUUGUGAUCUUCGACCCGGAUAGGGUGGAAUUGAAAAAGCAUGCUGUGUGGCAUUUUUGUAAUGUGAUGCAAGGAGAUAGUCCGCCGUUUGGGUUCCCUUCAAUACCGGACUCAUCCUGUGAAGUCAACGCGUUGAAAAUUCCUUCCUACGGUUUUGGUAAUAAUGUCCCUGGGAGAUUUUGGAGAAAAGUCGACGCAGGAACCUCAGCUUUCCGGACCUCCGUGAGGAUGACGAAAGCAGAGUGGCAGCCGUUCACUGACUCGGUGGACAGUGUUAGAAAAACCCUUGAGAGACGGCUUUUUGGUGUUCUGAGCAAUCGCGAUUCGUACUAUCCGGACAAAGAAAUAGCGUCGAGAGGAAUUGGGCGUCCCGACGACUUCCUAUCACCGUAUUCGAGAAUGUUCAUUCGGAUGCCAUCGAUUCGCUACGGCACCCGAACUCAAACCGUGCUAACGAUCGACAAGGACGAUCGCGCCGUGUACAUCGAAGUGACGCUCGAUCCUUCCGAUUACGACAAGUGGAACCGGACGGAAAUCCAGUUCAAGAUUGGGGAAGACUUCCGGGAAACCUUGACAAUCCAGCGAACUGUUGUCGCGGCUCCGAGUCGUUGACUCGUUCGGAACGCAUUUUCAGUGGGCAUUCUAAUCUUUCAGCGGGCGUAUGCAGUAGGACUACUCGUUCUUGCUUUUUUUGUGAUCAUGUGGGAAAUUGAAGAGGAAAAAGAAAUGGAAUACCAACGUGGUUGAAA